UUUCAAACCUUUCUAGUUGGGCACUAUAUAACCCUUUGUUCAGGGACUAACAAGGCACAAGUCAAUCAUCUUAUUCUUUGGCAUUUUCAGUUCAUAUAUCUUAAGAAUUGAAAAAUGGUGAAGUUGGCAUUUGGGGAUUUUGCCGACUCAUUUAGUGUCAGCUCAAUCAAGUCAUAUUUGGCUGAGUUCAUUGCUACACUUCUUUUCGUGUUUGCCGGUGUAGGAUCGGCUCUCGCUUUUGGCAAGCUCACAGGUGAUGCACCAUUAGACCCGGCUGGUCUAGUAGCUAUAGCAGUGGCUCAUGCUCUUGCACUAUUUGUUGGAGUGUCAAUUGCCGCCAACAUCUCCGGCGGCCAUUUGAAUCCAGCUGUCACCUUUGGAUUGGCUGUUGGUGGCCACAUCACUAUCUUAAGCGGCUUAUUUUACUGGAUUGCUCAAGUGCUUGGUGCCAUUGUUGCGUCAUUCCUUCUUCAGUUCGUCACGGGUGGAUUGGCCGUUCCGACCCAUGGAGUAGAUGGAAUAAACGCUAUCCAAGGAGUAGUGUUUGAGAUUAUCAUAACCUUUGCGCUAGUCUACACAGUUUAUGCAACUGCAGCUGACCCCAAAAAGGGUUCACUUGGAACCAUUGCACCCAUUGCAAUUGGUUUCAUCGUUGGAGCUAACAUAUUGGCUGCCGGCCCAUUCAGUGGUGGUUCAAUGAACCCCGCUCGAUCAACUGGACCUGCUGUUGCUAGCGGAGACUUCUCACAAAUCUGGAUUUACUGGGUUGGACCACUUAUCGGUGGUGGUCUAGCUGGGCUUAUCUAUGGUGAUGUAUUCAUUGGUUCAUACACUUCAGCCCCCACCGAAGACUAUGCUUAACAAGUUUAGCUGUUUUUAUCGUCAAUUGUGUUUCGUAUUUCUUUCAUGGUUGAAAUUGUGGCAUCCUCUUUGUUGGGGGGAAGGUAAAGGGUCAACUUUGACCACCCCAUAACCUCAAGUUUGUGCUUUCAUCUUUCCUUUGGUAAAUUCUAAGCUUGUAAUCUUGAGAUGUGAAUAAGAAGUGUGUAUAUCAUCAUCAUCAUCAUCA